UAUAAUAGGGGCGGGAGGGAGAGAGGAGAACAAGACUAGAGCAAUGGUAGAUGGAUGGAUGGGCGUCCAUCUUGAAUUUCGCUGAAUUUGUGCCGGUUAUGUGAUAAAAGUGUAAUUUGUAUAUUAGACCUCCAGUUUAUUGUUAAUUUUCAAGAAGUUAAUGUAUUCUUUUACUAUUUAUUGUUUAAAAUAGGAUCAUAUACAGGAAUGUUUUAGUAUCAUUACUCAAGACAUAUGCGAUUUCCGGUAAGAGUGUCGUCGACAAGACCUUAGGUUGGCAAAGACCGAAUUAUUAUACGAUGGCAGUACCUAGUAGAGCCCGGGUAUAUGCCGAUGUAAAUUCACAAAAGCCAAGAGAAUAUUGGGACUACGAAAGCUAUGUGGUGGAUUGGGGGAAUCAAGAAGACUAUCAGUUAGUGCGAAAGCUUGGGCGCGGAAAAUACAGUGAAGUUUUUGAGGCAAUAAAUAUCACAAACAAUGAGAAAUGUGUAGUGAAAAUACUAAAGCCUGUUAAAAAGAAGAAAAUUAAACGAGAAAUAAAAAUACUAGAAAACCUAAGAGGAGGCACAAACAUAAUUACUCUGCAAGCUGUUGUGAAAGAUCCAGUAUCUCGCACACCGGCCUUAAUUUUUGAACAUGUGAACAACACUGAUUUUAAGCAACUAUAUGCAACACUGUCAGACUAUGAUAUAAGGUAUUACUUGUACGAACUUUUGAAGGCUUUAGAUUAUUGCCACAGUAUGGGCAUCAUGCACAGAGAUGUGAAACCACAUAAUGUGAUGAUUGACCAUGAUAAUAGAAAGCUACGUCUCAUUGACUGGGGUCUAGCAGAGUUCUACCAUCCCGGGCAGGAGUACAAUGUUCGCGUAGCUUCUAGAUACUUUAAGGGUCCAGAGCUCUUAGUUGAUUAUCAAAUGUAUGAUUAUUCUCUUGAUAUGUGGUCUUUAGGAUGUAUGUUAGCAUCCAUGAUCUUCCGAAAAGAGCCUUUCUUCCAUGGUCACGAUAAUUAUGACCAGCUUGUACGUAUUGCAAAGGUGCUGGGCACUGAAGAACUAUUUGAAUAUUUGGAUAAAUAUCAUAUAGAAUUAGAUCCUCGGUUUAAUGACAUUCUGGGCAGACAUUCUCGUAAGCGAUGGGAGAGAUUUGUACAUUCAGAAAAUCAACAUUUGGUGUCUCCAGAAGCCUUAGAUUUUCUUGAUCGUCUUUUACGUUAUGAUCACUAUGAGCGCUAUACAGCCCGCGAAGCAAUGGAUCAUCCGUACUUUUACCCAAUUGUAAAGGAACAAGGCCGAAUGGUUUCUUCAAAUUCUCCUAGUCCUAAUGCAUUGCAAGGACCAAUAAAUGCAGCAGAGUAAUUAUUGUUAUUGAAUUCCAUAAUGCUCUUUAUUAAACUAUAUACUGAAGUAUUUACCUGUACAUGAAUUUCCGUGAAUGAGAGGAAAGGCAAGAAUAACACCAAGUACUGUUUACAGUAAGCAUAAUGAAUACAGAAAAGAUAUGACAGUGUGUUGUUUCCAUUCAGUGUACAACUCUGGUCUAUUUCUUAUGUAACUAAAUGGAAGUAAAUUUGGAAAGACAAUAUAAUUUAGUGUUUAAUAUUAGUAAAAUCCGGUUUAUUAAUUGUUUUUAAAGUGUUUUGUCUCUGGUACAAACCAACGAGUCCAAGGAAAUGUACACUAAUAUUACUUUAAAUUAUCUAAUGGGUUUAAAAUUUUAAAGAAUUUAGAUUCAGCAAGCAUCUUUUAUGUUAAGUUCAAUAUGAAUUAUCGAAAUAACGAGAACUUCUGGAGUUUCAUUGCACUUGAUCUUUUGCAUUUAUUAACCUAUGGUAUUGAUAUUGUAAUUACUUGUAUGAUAUAUUGAUAACACCUGCCUACCAUUUGCAAAUACUGGUUAGCAACUUUUUGUUGGUACUAUUAAAAUUUUGUAUUUAUGUUAUAAUAAUAAUAUGUAGAUAUGUGUGAUAAAUACAAAAUUUUAAGAUGUAACUGUUUUUUCAUUACACAAAACAAAUACCAGUAAAGUUUAAUUAUUAGAUAUGUCAAAUAAAAUAUUGCUUCUAUUAGUUUAUUUUAGUAAGUUAUGUUAGUGCCCCAUAAUAUAGUUAAAUUGAAUCAAUCGAAAACAUUAAAAUGGGCCUCAUUGAUUAUAAUUUAUUUUUAGUGUGAUAACUACAAGUUAAUGCAUCAAAGUUUUCUUAAUAAAAAAACUAACUAAGGUGAU